AUGGAGGACCAAGUCUCUCGUCUUGUUGAAAAAGCUUGGAACAAGCUCCAAAACACUCCCGACAACCAACGACUCUUAAUUGGAAUAUCCGGAAUCCCAGGCUCCGGUAAAACCACCCUCGCCCACCUCGUCACAACCCGCCUCAAUACCAAAUCCCCCACCACAGCAAUCUCCCUCCCAAUGGACGGCUACCACUACACCCGCGCCCACCUCUCCUCCAUGCCCGACCCGCAAACCGCCCACGCCCGCCGCGGCGCCGCCUUCACCUUCGACGCCCCCGCCUUCCUCGCCCUCAUCCGCUCUCUGAGAGGACCGCUGACUCCGGACUCUAAACCCAUCUACGCCCCGAGCUUCGACCACGCCGUCAAGGACCCGAAAGAAGACGACAUCGAGAUCCUGCCGAGUCAUCGCGUCGUGGUCGUCGAAGGGAAUUAUUUGGCGCUGGAUGAGGACGUGUGGAGGGAUGCGGCGGCGUUGUUUGAUGAGCUUUGGUUUGUGGAGGUGGAUUUUGAGGUGGCGAAGAGGAGAUUGGUGAGGAGACAUGUCGAGGCGGGCAUCGCUAAGGAUGAGGAGGCGGCGGAGCGCCGCGCCGUGGAGAAUGAUUUAGUCAAUGGCAAGCAAAUCGUGGAGAAGCGUCUAAAAGUGGACGAAGUGGUAGUGAGUCGGAUGGAUGAGGGAUGGGUACACAGUUGA